AUGCUGACUCACUCCCUGACCCUCUCCUCAUCGCCAGGCGGCACCGACUCCUCCGCCUACGCGGCCAUCAACCACCAGAGAGGGACACUGCGCUUCGUGCCGCGCCGCGCGACCGUGCAGGACGCCCACCGCGCCCACGGCACCAACGAGCGGCUGGCGGUCACGGACUUCAAGGGCGCGCUCUGCACCUACCGCCGCGGCCUGCAGCUGUUUGGCCGCUUGGGGGAGCUGGAGGGGCGGGGCAGCGCCGGCCCGGCGGCGGGUGGCGCGCACAAGGGGGUGGCUGCAGGCAGGGCCGGUGCUUUUGGGGGCCGCAGGGCCACCCCCGGGCUCGGCAGGGCUGGGGUGUCCCUGGCCCCGAGAGUGGUCGGACAGGGGGUCGCGGCAGAGUGA